GGAAUGGCUGUUGGAUGCUUAUCAGGAAAAAGUCUAUCCCAAAAAUGCUGAAAAAUCCAAGAGGAUGCUGAUGGUUCAUAAUAAAUUCAUGGUUCCAGGAAUGUCCAAUUUCGCCCAAAGUUUCCGAUAUUGUUAGAAAACAGUGGGUUGGCCCCGAAAUCUUCUGACACUGAACGAAUCAAUGCUCAGAAAACAGUGUGCUUGUGUUUCAGUAUAAAUGCUUCACUCUCCUCUCUCUAUACUUCUACUAGCUUCUGUCUCUUUUCAAUCAUUGCUUUGUUUUCUCUCUUCUAGGGUUUUUUCUUGAAUCACAGGGUGGUCAUUUGCCUUCUUUUUAUUGUUUUCUUUCUUCCUUCUGUUCCCUGGGGUUUCUUUUUGUUAUGUCGGAGAAUUGUGGAGUAAGUGAUUGAGGUUUUAUGGUUCCCUAGGGUUUUGGUCUGUUGAACGCUGAUUGAGAAGUGGGAUUGGUUUUUCUCUAUCUGGGUUGUCGGUUUUGGUUGAGAAAUUGAGAAUUGGGGAGUGGGAGAUCCGUCAUUUGAAUUUUGUUGUCGUAGGGUUCUGUUCUAUCUCGGGGAAGUUGAGAAUUGGCAUUUGAAUCAAAUUUUUGGGCAGUUUUGUUUGCGAAAGUUGAAAUUUUGCACUCAAUUUUAUCCCUCGUAGGGUUUUGAUGAGUUUUGCUGGGAAAUCAAGAAGCCAAGGUUUGGCAUUUGGAUUUUCUUUCUCCUAGGUUUUCUCUGUCUCUCGAAAACUUGAGAAUUGGCAUACGAAUUUUCUCUUCUAGGGUUUUAGUGACAAAAUUGGAAUCAAUAAUUGGGCUUUCUCUCCUAGGGUUUUAGUUGAUUUUCUGAGAUAAAAUCGAGGAAACAGGGAGGUGGCAUUUGAUACCUCUCUCCCCCAGUUUAUAGUUUGUUCAAUUAGAGAAAUCGAUUUGAUUGAAUUUCGUCUCCCACCAAGGAUUUUUGUAUUUUCGUUCCCAUGGCGUCCUAUAGGCCAUUCCCGCCACAGUCAUCGUUCCCUCCGCCACCCAAUCAGAACCCUGUUCCACAACAACCACCCCCACAACCACAUCCACCACAACAGCGUGGAAAUCAGUAUCCUCAGAAUUGGGGUUAUCCAAAUUCCAAUUAUCACCAUGGAGGGUACGGAUCGUCUGCCUCGUCUUCCCAGCAUUACGGUGGUCCUUCAAGAACUCAGCAUCCUCCUCCACCCCCUCAUCAGCAACAGCAGUACCCAUACCCUCCUCCACCACUUGACUCAACAUACCCACCACCACCACCACCACCACCACCAGCUUCAAUGCCACAGCCCCCACAAGGUCCUAUGUAUUACCCUUCUUCUCAGUACUCUCAAUUUAGUCAUCAGCCAAUGCAGCCACCGCCACCACCACCUCCUUCAUCCCCGCCUCCAAGUUCUUUGAUACCUCCCCCACCACCCCCUGCAUCUCCUCCACCACCUCCUUCUUCAGUUCCUCCACAAGGUCAAAAUAAGGAACCUGCUCCAGAUGGAGGAUCCCAUGGACGGGAUAAGGGGGCACCUAAGGAUUUAAGGGGUGCUGGGAGGCGGGAACCAGGGCAUUCAAAUCAGGGACCAUCUGGAAAACAGCAGAAGCCCCCAGUUCCACCUGCCCCACUAAAGAAAUCAAAUGGGCCUCCUGGUAGGGUUGAAACGGAGGAAGAAAGGAGGUUGAGGAAGAAGAGGGAGUUUGAGAAGCAGAGGCAAGAAGAGAAGCAGAAGCAUCAGUUGAAGGAAUCCCAAAACACAGUGUUGCAGAAGACCCAGAUGUUGUCUUCUGGGAAAGGGCAUGGGUCAGUGGUGGGGGGGUCACGGAUGGGAGAGAGGAGGACUACUCCAUUUUUAAGUGGUGAUAGAAUUGAAAAUCGGCUGAGGAAGCCAACUACGUUUUUGUGCAAGUUGAAAUUUCGAAAUGAGUUACCAGAUCCUACAGCACAACCAAAGCUCAUGGCUUUGAAGACAGAUAAAGAUCGAUUCACAAAAUACACAAUCACCUCAUUGGAGAAAAUGCACAAACCCCAACUGUUUGUGGAGCCUGAUCUUGGGAUACCACUUGACUUGCUUGACCUCAGUGUAUACAAUCCUCCCAGUGUAAGACAGCCACUUGAUCCAGAAGAUGAGGAAUUGUUGCGUGACGAUGAGUCAGUAACCCCUGUAAAGAAGGAGGGCAUCAAGAAAAAAGAACGGCCUACUGAUAAAGGUGUUUCUUGGUUGGUUAAGACACAGUAUAUUUCUCCUCUUAGCACAGAAUCAACAAAGCAGUCUCUCACUGAAAAACAAGCAAAGGAACUGCGAGAAACUAAGGGAGGCCGAAACAUUUUGGAGAAUUUCAACUCUAGGGAAAGAAAAAUUCAGAACAUUGAGGCAGCUUUUGCAGCAUCAAAGAUCACACCUGUUCACUCAACCAAUAAAAGCUUAAAACCUGUUGAGAUUCUACCACUGCUUCCUGACUUUGCUCGGUAUGAUGACUCGUUUGUGGUUGCGUCAUUCGAUAGUGCUCCUACUGCUGAUUCAGAAAUCUACAGCAAGUUGGACAAAACUGUUCGUGAUUCUCAUGAAUCACAGGCAAUCCUGAAAAGCUAUAUGGCGACAGGCUCAGAUCCAUCUAAGCCUGAGAAAUUUUUGGCCUACAUGACUCCUUCACCAGAUGAGCUGUCAAAGGAUAUAUAUGAUGAAAAUGAAGACACAUCUUAUUCAUGGGUUCGGGAGUACCAUUGGGAUGUACGGGGUGAUGAUGCAGAUGACCCCACGACAUAUCUUGUUUCAUUUAAUAAAACAGAUGCCCGAUACUUGCCUCUUCCUACAAAGCUUCUUUUGAGGAAAAAGAGGGCAAAAGAAGGAAGAUCCAGUGAUGAGGUUGAACAUUUUCCUGUUCCUUCAAAAGUGACUGUAAGGCAGAGACCAAAUGUUGCUGCAAUUGAACUGAAGGAUGAAGAGGUCUACUCAAGUUCCAAGAGGGGCGUUUCAAGUUCAAAGAGGGGGGUAGAUAUGGAGGAUGGCCUUGGGAGAUCAUAUAAGGGUGUACAAGACCAACACAUGGAUCAAUCCAGUGGAGCUGAAGAUGAAAUGUCUGAUUGAUUGCCAUUCCUGCCAGCACUGCUGCCUUGAGGAAAGAUGAAAUCCAGUGGUGCACUGAUUUGUUUCAGUCAAUACAUGUUAGGUUUCUUCCUUCCCUACCAUAAAACACAAGGAAAAAAAAAAAGCCAAAAAAAGAAAGGGCUAUAAUUGUAAUCAUGUUUUUGUACCUUGUAAGCAUGUCCAUCUUUUUUUAACAUUUAGUUUUUCUUUGCAAUGAUAAAUGUUUUUUUUCUCUCC